AUGCUGCCUGGACCGCCGGACGAGUGGCCGCUGGAACGCCGGGGCCAGAGCGCCGCACUGACCAUCUCUUCUGGGCGAGGAGGGAAUUGUAAUCUCAUUUUGAUUCCUAGAGGGGUUUCUGAUAAUGUUCUGGGAUCAAGGGCCAACGGCAACGCCGAAUCUAAGGAAUCAGAUGUACGAGUACGAGUAAUAAUCCAGGAAAAAAGUCAGACCAUGUCCGCCCGGUUACAAGAAGGCGACGAGCAAAGGGGCACAAGGAUGCCAAAGCGUGGCCGUGAGCGACUUUACCUUGUCUUUGAUGACUGGUGCCAUGGAUACAGCAUCCGCAUGGUAAACUUGUUGAAGCAUACUGCUGGCUCAGGCCAUCCAGCCCCGGUGCAUUUUUCCCAGCCUUUCUGCCGCAUAAUGGCACCUCUCGUGUCGUACUUCACGUCAGCCUUUGGCGCCAAGAUUUUGGCGGUGUUUUCCAGAGAUCCCGAAGCUGACUCUGAGAGCUACUUCCCAAUGUUGGACGUUCGCUCGCAGUGCGUCACCUUUGCCCCUGGGCAGUUAUGUCCUAUUCCUCCCAUCUACUACCUUCCUGUCGGCAACGAGUUAUUCUGUCUGAGCUUCUGCUCCUUCGAGAUGCUCUGCUCGGAGGUGCUCUCCCCCCGGUUGCAGGAUCAGUCUUGCAGCAUGGGUUGGUCAUGGAAACAGCUCUCUGAGAAACCGCCAUUCUAUGUUGAUCACGUCACCUCCUACUCUUUGCAUCCUGAGGAACGGACCUUCCUCUUCAGCACCAAGACUGGCGCAGCCGAGGCCACCUACACCUUUGACACCCAGAAACGUUCAUGGAAACUCCUUGGCAAUUGGAAGCUGCCCUUUGCUGGCUGCGCUCACUUUGACCCGGGCCUCAACUGCUUUGUCGGGCUCUCCAAAGAACCGGACACCCUUGGCCAAAUUUACAGCUGCCAAGUGCCCAUCUAUGACACUGAUGAUGGUCUGUGCCCUCCCCCUGUAGUGAAGCUCUGCAAGGAGAAUCUGUUAAGUGAGCGCCCACGUGAUAUGCAUGUUGGUGCUACCCUUGUCUACAUGGGAGGCAAGAGCGAAUUCUGCCUCGUACAGUGUGUCAGCCCUGAUCAGGACCGAAUGGAUGAGGACGACGUUGCUCAUGGUGCGCAGCUACCCGGUCGUCGUCGCUUCUAUCGUCUCACCACAUUCUCUCUCAGCUUCAACAAGGAUAAAGAACUGACAACUGGCAAUACCCGUCGGCUGCAGUACUACAAAGUGCCUAAAGAAGCCACGAAGCCGUUCCUUCAAGAUCCGGUGGCAUUUUGGAUGUAG